CGAGCGCGGGGCUUUAUGCGCGCAGGGCGGCGGGGGGAGGAGCCGGCAGGUCGGCCCCCGGCGGGCCCUCCCCUCGGCCGUCCCCGCCCGCCCGCCCGAGCGGGGUCGGGGGAGGGGGCAGCAUGGCCUGUCCGUCCGGCCCCCUUCGCCGCGCUCCUCAUCUGCCCCGCGCCGAGCGCCGCCGCCGCCGCCGCCGCCGCCGCUCCGCUGCCCGCGCCGCCCGCGGCUCCCGAUGGAGACUGACGCGCCCCAGCCCGGCCUCGCCUCCCCGGACUCGCCGCACGACCCCUGCAAGAUGUUCAUCGGGGGACUCAGUUGGCAGACCACGCAGGAAGGGCUGCGCGAGUACUUCGGCCAGUUCGGGGAGGUGAAGGAGUGUCUGGUGAUGCGGGACCCCCUGACCAAGAGAUCCAGGGGUUUCGGCUUCGUCACUUUCCUGGACCAGGCGGGGGUGGAUAAAGUGCUGGCGCAAUCGCGGCACGAGCUGGACUCCAAAACAAUUGAUCCCAAGGUGGCCUUUCCUCGGCGAGCACAGCCUAAGAUGGUGACUCGGACGAAGAAGAUCUUCGUGGGGGGGCUGUCCGUGAACACCACAGUGGACGACGUGAAGCAGUAUUUCGAGCAGUUCGGAAAGGUGGAUGACGCCAUGCUGAUGUUCGACAAAACCACCAACCGGCACCGAGGGUUCGGGUUCGUCACGUUUGAGAGCGAGGACAUCGUGGAGAAAGUGUGCGAAAUCCACUUCCACGAGAUCAACAACAAAAUGGUGGAAUGUAAGAAAGCGCAGCCCAAAGAGGUGAUGUCUCCGACGGGCUCCGCCCGGGGCAGGUCACGAGUCAUGCCCUACGGAAUGGACGCCUUCAUGCUGGGCAUCGGCAUGCUGGGUUACCCUGGUUUCCAAGCCACAACCUACGCCAGCCGGAGUUACACGGGCCUCGCUCCUGGCUACACCUACCAGUUCCCCGAAUUCCGUGUAGAGCGGACCCCUCUCCCGAGCGCCCCCGUCCUCCCCGAGCUUACAGCCAUUCCUCUCACUGCGUACGGACCCAUGGCGGCAGCGGCGGCCGCGGCGGCCGUGGUUCGGGGGACAGGCUCUCACCCCUGGACGAUGGCUCCCCCUCCAGGUUCGACUCCCAGCCGCACGGGGGGUUUCCUGGGUACCACCAGCCCCGGCCCCAUGGCCGAGCUCUAUGGGGCCGCCAACCAGGACUCGGGGCUCAGCAGCUACAUCAGCGCUGCCAGCCCCGCCCCCAGCACUGGCUUCGGCCACAGUCUCGGGGGCCCCUUGAUUGCCACAGCUUUCACCAAUGGCUACCACUGAAGGCGGCAGGAGGCAGGAGCGCCCCAGCCUGCAGCUGACUGAGGACCCAGCGAGCCAGCGAGGGGGCCGGUCAGCUCAGCCGCAGCGCCGCGGACCGCGACUGCCUGCCCCCCACUCCCCGGGCCGGCCCGGCCCCGCCACCCCUGGACAUCUCCUGGCUCCUACUAACCCUCCUCUCGCCUCCCCUCCCCUGCCCUCCUGGCCCCCCGCCCGGCCCGCUUUUAUUUAUUUUGGAUUAGCUGGUAGCCCUCACCCCUGCCCUCGACCCCCCCGGGCCUCCCCUCUGGGGCCGGCGCCCCUCCCGCCCCGUCGCACCGCCCCGGGCCCACCCCAGGAGGCCUCUGUACCUGUGCAUAGCUAGAGUGAGGCGAGGGGCUGCUCCGGGCCGAGGCCCACCCUGUUUUCUGGCUUCCCCUCCUUUUCUCUUUCCUUGGUUGGUUUCUUUUUUUUUGGUUUUUUUUUUUUUUUUUUUUAAAGAAACCUUGGUUUUCGUUGUUUUGUUCUGAACUAUUUCUAGGUUUGUGAAUGUGAAGCCCCAGGCCGCAGGGGGGCCAGGGGCCCGGUGCCCCCCACCAGCCGAGAACAAAUGUCUGUGGGUGUGGGCCCCUGGCCUCCUGCUCUGGCCUUGGAGAGGAGGACAGGGCUGCGGAGGCCAGGCCGAGGCCCUGAGGCCCUGGGACAUCCCGUCCGUCCGUCCGUCCGUCCUGUAUCAUAUGUAAAUACUGUGAGGUGAAGCCCCCAGCCUCUUGAAGACCUCUCGGGAGUGAGGACUGGCCGGUUCCUCCCCCGCCGGCAAAGGUCCCCCUCCCACACACAAGUUUCUGCCCCCUCCUCAGACACCGUUACUGUAAGCUUGCAGGCCUCUCCGUGGCCGCGGCAGGCCCCAAUCUCUCAGGCCGCAGGGGUCAAGGCCUUGGGCCUAGUCACGCCCCCCCCCCAGAACCCCAGAAGCUUGGGGGUGAGAGGCGAGGGAAGGGAAGGUCUCCCCCUGCCCAGUGCUGGACAGGAAGGAACUCUCCAGAGGCCGCCCCGGGCCUCCACCGUUUCUGCUCUGAGCCCUCCACCCCCACCCGGCGGUGGCGGUGGGGGUGGGAGGGGGGCACUUUGGAAAGGGGCGGACCCCAGGGGGAAGCGAAGGGCUUCUCAGGGAACCCCCACAUUCUCUCACUGCAGUUUCCCACAGCUCGAUGGUCCCGCAGCCAGAGCCCACUGGCAGCCCCCAAGGCCCCUGGAAAGGAAAAAAAAUCGAGACUCAGGCCGACUCUUCAGGGGCUGGGGGGGCCCCCCCCACCCCGGGCACUGCGCCCCCCCCUCUCCCCCACGCCCGGCGCCCCCUGUGUCUCUUCCCCCGUCACGCGCCCUGUCAUCCCCUCAAGCCCCUGUGGAGAGUUAACUGUGUGAGGUGCUCGCCCUCCUAGCCCCGAGAACACAAAGCAAUAAUCUUUGUUACUGAGAUGCGCGGCUAUUUGUGGUUUUUGUUUUUUGGUUGUUUUUUUUUUUUCUUUCCGGUUUUUGUUUUUUGUUUUUUGUUUUUUUUGGGGGGGGUUUGUUUUUAAUGUUUCCUAAUAAAAGAAGAGCUGCAUUUUAUUGGUUUUUAUUUUUAAUUUUCUACACGUUUGAGCUGAGUCACUUGAGAGACUGAGCUUCCCUUUUCUCUCCCUCCCCAGACCCCCCGCCCCCCCCGUCCCCGCCCCCCUCUGGGCCCACCCCGUGGGGCUCAGGGCCCUAGAAUUCCGUUUUCUGAUUUGUUUGGGGAAUUCUGUAAAAAGAUGUUACAUGGUGUUUCGAAGCCAGCAAGUUACCACCCUCCGGUGUCUCUUCUCUCCACAUCUGUAACUUCUUUUUCCAGGUUUUAUUUUCAGUUUUAAAUUCCUAAUAAAUUAUU